AUAAACUUAAGUAUAAACUUCCUGCAUAAACUAGGUAUUGUUUUCUCUUUAUCGCUUUCCGGAAAAUUAUCGUGUCGUUGAUUACCGUAAACGUCUGAUAUGUUCUCAUUGGACGCGCAAUAAUGCCGCGACCCGAUAAUAACGUGAAAGAUCGCGAUAAAACUAGCGCUAGCGAGCUUCCUGCAGCGUAACAUACGUAAUUCCCAAUAUCACUUAUUGUGUGGAAAUGGAAAGCAACUGUAAUAAUAAAAAACUACUUGCGAGACUGACUGAAAACUGAAACAAACCGCGGCAAAAUAUCGAUAUCGGACAUAACAUCGAAAUCGAGAUCUCGACGAUGUCACGUGACUGAGACAAUCGAAGACGGUACGAAGUGAAGUGAGCGCGUAAUUGCGACUCUGUGAGUCAUAACCUCAUCGUGUCAAGGUGUUGGCCACAAUUCCGUUUCUACCGACUCAUCUUUGCCUAAUAAGGCAAAAAAAAAGAAAAAGCGAAGGGACUCUCAAUUUCUCGACGCACAUUCACAGUUCCAGCUUCUCCCAUCCUUGACGUCCCGAAAAGGCGAAACGUUUGUUCGCGACAUACAAAUAAUGUCUGACCCGCGUAUAAGAACGCUCAAGAUUAAGACAGGAGUAGUGAAACGUCUCGCGAAAGAAAAGGUCACAUACGAAAAGGAGGCAGCGCAGCAGCGCGAGAGGAUACAAAAGUUGAAAGAGCAGGAUAAAGAUGGCUACGACAUAAAGAAGCAAGAGGAGGUGCUUCAAGAAUCCCUUAUGAUGGUACCAGACUGUCAGAGGCGUCUUGUUAAAGCAUUUGAAGAACUCAAGAAGAUUUUAGAAACUGAGCAAGAUUUAAAGGAAGUCGAAGAUUACAUUGAGGCUGAAAAAGUAUUACAGGAAGCAGAAGAACAGUUGCCAAAAGAAGGGGAUAUUUUGCAGAUGUGUUAAAAAAAGUGCUCUUUAAUGACUUUCGUUAAAUUAUUUUCAAAUAUUUUUCAACAUUUUUAUUUCUUU